AUGCGGCACUAUAUAGUGCUUCUAUUAUUCGCACAGCUUGGGAGUUCGACGAGUGUUAGGCGACGAUUAAGGCGACAAAUUCUGCCAUCGCAGCACAUUCAAGUUCAUUCAAUUGACUCGAAAGUUUUUCUCGACGAUUUGAUUAAUGUAGAUUCGACGGAUUCAAGAAUUGAAUUAUCGGAAAAAAAUGUCAACGGAACAAUUUGGUCGGCAAAAUCUAAAGUGCAAUUCAAUACAUACGACACAUUUGUAAACGCUACUGCCGAAAUUGCUCAAUCUAUUAUGAAUAUUUUGAACUGCGCAUUUAUUCAUGGAAAAGCUUUGGAAAGCAAACUUUUUAUGACCACAAAUCGAACUUCCGAUGGCAACACCUUUCUGAACCAUCAAAUGUACGACAAUGCUAAUGUUUCCGUUACCGAUGAAGGAGUUCGGGUGCAAGGAAUAGGAGGCCGUCGAAUUGGUGUAGAAGCGGAGACUUGGGAGAAAUAUUUGGAAAAGUCUAUCACAUUAAGUGCCCAAAACAAUCCAGAUACGGGAGAAAGAGAAUUAGUGUUAAGAAUUAUCGCUCCACUUUAUCGCAUUGAAGUCUGUUUCAUUGGAGCGAUGGUUUAUAUUGACUUUGGAGAUAAAAUAAUCCAAAUAGAUCCGGAUUUCUCAAGUGUCAACAUCUAUACAAGCAAAUACGUUAUCAACUUCAGAACCAAAGAUUUAAUAACUCCAUAUGAUGUUAAAUUGACAAGCGAAGAAAUUAUAGUGAGGUGUGCACAAGAGGAAACUUCGGUGGUUGUGCAACCACCAGGAGUCAAUGUUCACGUUGAAGAAUUUUCAAAAAUGCAAAUUGACCGCGGAGGUGGUCAGAUGAUGUUAGGCGGUAAUCCACUCCACGCUGAAACAAUUCGCGUGGCUUCACUUGCUACAUUACUCAAUCUUGCGAACAAUGGUCAUGUCCGUGCAGACACAUCGAAGUCUGAAAUAUUGGUGCAAACCCCGGUUCAAAACAUUGGCUUAACAGCUGCUCAUCAUGAUAUUCAAGUUUUUGGAGGGGUUCCUCAUUUGUUGGUUGAAGCAGGCACUGCUUGCGUUGAAGUAACUGCUAGUGAAGGGCCUCCAUCGAUCACAUUGAUUCCACCAUUCAUGCCGCCUGAAGAUAGAUAUUUAACUAUUGGACCGUAUCAAGGUAAAGAAAAGCAUCCGUAUGUGGCUUCGUAUUACACAAUGUUCAUGGAUCGAUUACAUCCCCCGCAUGCACAUGCACCUCUUCUUCCUCCUCCUCCACCACCUCCACCACCACCACCACCGCCACUACCACCACGAGGUUUUCUUCCACCUCCACCGCCACCUAUUGGACUUCUUCCACCUCCACCACCAGUACAUCCAGGACUAAUGAUUCCACCAGACUUAAUGGGAUUUGCUGCUGACUUGAAGCCAACAUCGAAAGGAAGAGUAAAUUCGAACGACACGACUAUUGUGACAGAAGAAGAUCUCAACACGAAUUUGACAUCAAUAUUCAAAAAUGGGAAGAAGACAGGAGGAAUUAAGCUACCUCAUGAUCUUAGUGAGUUUGCUGGAGAUAUUCCAAACAAGAAGAAAACGAACGGCAGUGACGAGGAGACGAUCAGAAUUGAAGAAUCGGAAAUGUUGAAGAAUAUUACAGACACAAUUAAUUUUAAUGCCAAAAAACAAUCCAACAAGGCCAAACAUCACAAUGUUGAUGAAACCAUUCGAAUUGACUAUUUGGAUAUAUUGAAGAACAUCACUUCAAUAAUUAACAAUUGGAAAAACGACACUGAAGAAGAACCGAAAAUUGAACUGCCGAAAGAUUUGGAAGGAUUUUCCGGAGAUGUAGCUAAGAUGAAUACGAAGAAGAAUCGAACAAAUGUCGACGAGACUAUUGAAACUAAAGACAUCGAUAUCCUCAAGAAUAUCACUUCAAUUCUGGUGAACCAUACUACGACAGAAGCUCCAACAACGACAACGACUACGACAACGACGACAACGACAACUCCGCCACCAACUACCACUUCCACUCCGCCACGAACUACCACCACUACCACUUUGCCACCAACUACCACCACUACCACUUUGCCACCAACUACCACCACUACCACUUUGCCACCAACUACCACCCCUACCACAACAAUGCGAACAACUACUACACAAGCACCAACUACAACGACUUUAACAGAACUGGAGAAACUUCGCGAAGAAAUAAAACGACUUACCAAAAUCCGUGAGUGGCAUACUGAAGAGAACAAUGAAGACAAUGAUGGAGAUACGAAGACAGAAACGUUCACUUAUCCAAAUGGAACCACAGUUACUAGGCUCAUCAAUAUCAAGCGCAAGAUUACUACAAAGAUUAUCCAUAAACACAGACAAGAAGUUGAUGCUAAUGAUAAUUCAACAAUUCCUAUUACAAAUGAAAAGUUAGUCGGCCCUGUUAAGACAACGCUCAUUGAAACGCCUGUGACCAAUCGAGAAGCACAAUCUGGAAACGCGCAAUCACGCUCGGCAACUCCAGUAUUCAGUACUUCCAAUACCGGAAAACCAGCAAAUAAAAUCGGUGGAAAUGUUACUGGAAAACCGAUUCAGUUUCCUAAUCCGGAUCCAAUCGUAGUAACCCAAUCGCCACUCGAUGGAUGUGGUGGCGGGGUACAUCCGGUUAAUCAAACUAUCACGCCACCAAUUGGUUUCACUUCUGGUCCCUCUACCACUCCUGAUCAUAUCAUUGUUACAUAUCAGACGAUUGGGGGAAAUUCAGAAGGUUCAACUGCAACUCUGAUUCCAACCUAUCCCACAAUUGAUGUCAAUACUGUUGGAUAUGUUACGCCUGAAGCAACAUCACAAUCUGUGGAAGUCACUACUACGAUUUUAACUGAAGUUUCAACAUUACCGACUGCGCUUACAACAACUACUGAAUUAACUGAAGAAACAAGUAGUGCAGAAAUAAUAUCAACUACUAACACUUUACCGAUUGAAUUAAAAACAGAUGCCUCGGACAUUACCACUACUGAGGCAUCUACGUUCCCUACUUUGCUACCAUCAGUCACUGAUGAAACCACGAUGGGUCCUAAUGAAUGGACUGGAGGAUCAUCGGAUGUGAGCACAGAAGGCACAACUCUUGAGCCGUUUGGUGUUACUACCGAAGAAACUGCUUCUGUGUCAACAGAUCAUUCAGUCAUUAUAACUUCAACUACAACUGAAAACGAGCAUAGUGGAACUACUCAGGAAAUUCCGCAACCGUCAGAUCUACCAUUGGAAAGUACUACGGAAUCAUCUGGUGACGAGACGUCAACAGAACAAAUGCCCUUCCCAUCACCAUUACCCACUGAUGAUUUUGUAAUUGGUCACUGGUUUUCCACUGAAGAAUCAGGAGAGCGUACUACAACAGAAAUUCCGGAAAUCGCAAUUACUGCAACGAUUGGACAUGUUGAUUUGGUGACUUCUGAAAAUAUUGGUGGUGAGGAUAUUCCAACUCCACCUGCACUAAGCGCCACGGAUCAGACAGAAACUAGUACAAGUCUUGGAAAUACGCCGCCAGUGAUUACUGAGAAUGGCUCUAUAGUGUUCACAACAGAUGACACACCAACGCCACCCUCUUUCCCCAAUAUUCCCAAUAUGGGCGACAUGAAGAUGCUUAUUUUGAAAAUGCGGGUACCAGAAGGUGUUGAUGUGAAUUCUCCGGAAUUUGCGAGAAAUAUUACCAUGAGUCUUCGGCGUCUUGCAAGAGAUACGCGAAUUCGCCUCAAGAAACGCCAUCGCAGAGAAACAUUGGCUGAGCAAGAUUCUAGAAUAUUUGGUGUCAAUAGAGUAAAACGAAGCACGAAUGAGGGCGAUGAUGAAAAUACUGAGUAUCCUGUUAAGGUGGCUGGUGUAACAAAACAUAAGAAUAUCACCGAAAUCAUAUUUGCAUUCGAGGAUUAUGAAAUUACAUCGCAACAGUUCCAUGAAGCAUUGCACGAGUUAGACACCAAGGAAUUGAAUGAAUAUUUUGCAUAUCCGACUAUUGAACAUAUCGCCGCUCUUGAAGCUGAAGAAGAAAAUACUGAAAAGAAGAGUAGCUUGACACUUCCUAUAAUUCUUGGAUUUGUCAUUACAACUGCUUUCGUUGUUGGAGUCUUUUUCACAUACAAUUUCUUCAAGAAAGAGCAAAAUUUGAUGAUAAUUCGACGUAUGGGUCGUCACUUCGCGAAAUACACCGCUCCAACUCAAAGCACCACCGACGCUUUUGAACGAAGCAUGGCGUGA